AUGGAAAUGGAAAUGAUUAGAAUGCAAACUACAAUUCCCAAUUCAAAUAUAAAUCCAGAAAAUCUAAUUCAAUCAAUAUUUGAUAUUGUAAAUGGAUAUAGAAAAUGUAAAGUAUUGUAUGCAGCAGCGGAAUUAAAUAUCUCUAAAUUUAUUCCACCCAAUGGAAAGAUUCAUGUUUCUCAAUUGGCCAAUCAAAUGAAUGUCAAUCAAGAUAAACUGUACCGAUUGAUGAGAUCUCUCACCAAUGUUGGUGUUUUUAAAGAGGUUGACGGUGAAAGUCCAGACACCAACGUAGAUAUGGUCGAGUCGAGUGGUGUGUUUUCCCAUAGUCAACUUUCAAUGAUCAUAAAGGACGAUAGUAUUCGUGAUGUUAUUAGAAUGUUGGGAGGUUCAAGUCAAAUGAAUGCAUGGAAUUCAAUUGUUGAUACUGUCAAAACCGGUAAAUUAGAUUUACAAUCAUCAAUUGGAUAUCAGUCAUAUUGGGAUCUUUUAGAAAACGAACCAACAGAAAGAGAAAUAUUCGAUCGAUCAAUGACAACAUUUACCAAAAAAAUGGGUGGUCCUAUUCUUUCUCAUUGUGAUUUCUCUCAUUUUGAUACAAUCGUUGAUUGUGGAGGUGGUGAAGGAUGGUUGAUUGAAGAAAUAUUAAAAAAAAAUAAUAUUAUUAAAAAUGGAAUUAAUUUUGAUUUGGAUGCAGUUAUUAAAACAAAGAAAACCAAUACAUGUCAAGACUCAAGAUUUAAAGAUGUUGCAGGUAGUUUCUUUGAAUCAGUUCCAGAGGCUGAUUUAUACAUUUUCAAGAAUGUUUUACAUAAUUGGAAUGAAUCAUCGAUUGUUGAGAUUCUACAAACUGUUUCAAAAUCAAUUAAACCAAAUGGAAAGAUAUACAUUCUUGAUAUUCUACCAGAAAGAAAUUUAAAGAAUGAAAAAACAUCAUUGGCAGUUUGGCAUGAUAUGCAUAUGAUGAUGAUUUGUGAUGGAAAAGAAAGAGAUGGAUGUGAUUAUGAAAAGAUAUGUAUUCAAACUGAUUUUAAAGUUGAAAAGGUCAAUACUAUAUCAAAGACAUUUGGAUUUUCAAUUGGUCAAAUUAUACUUUCAAAAGUAUCCAACCUAUAA